AUGAUCGGAGUUCUUUUUACAAUCACGAUUGAUCCUCACAACUCAAUCGCCUGCUGUGCAUCUAUUGGUCAGGUGAGUUCUUUGUAUGACGACAAUGAGGUUCUGUUCUCAAUGUAUACCACCUUUCGCAUUAUUCAUGUCGAGUCAAUUAAUGAUAGUAAACGUCUUUAUGACGUUCGUUUAACACCUCUUAGUGGAAACGAUCCAGAUCUGCACAAACUAACUUAUCGUCGACAACUACCUGCACCCAUCCCGUCUUCUGAACUGACAUCUUGGAAUCGUCUAGGGCGAGCGCUCAGCAAUAUGAGGUGUUAUCAGAAAGCUGAAGAACUUUACAACGUACAGUUGAGUCGGACAACGAAUGAUACCGAUAAAGGACAUAUUUAUCAGGAACUGGCAUGGAACAAAUGUCAAGAAAGUAAAUUCGACUCGGCCAUAGAAUUAUAUGAGAAAGCGAUAGACAUCUAUCAGAACAUGCACCCUCCAAAUCAAUUGGGUUUAGCAGAAGCACUGCUGAACAUCGGUCACGUGUAUACGAGGCAAAAUAAUUAUACAAAAGCAAUAGCGUAUUAUCAGAAGGCUAUUACCAUUCAGCAAGAACUACUUCACUCUAAUCUCUCUGUCCUAGCCCAAUCAUUUGAUACCUUGGGUGUGCUAUAUCAAAACGUUCAAGACUAUCCCAAGGCAAUAUCAUCUUAUGAAAAAGCUCUGAAGAUUCGGCAGCAGGCUCAGCCGUUGAAUCUCCUUCGUUUAGCAGAUUCCUACGAUCAUUUGGGUUCGAUACAAAGAUCCACAGGUGACUUUUCGCAAGCCUUCUCAUUUUACGAAAAAGCCUCGCAAAUUCGAGAGCAGUCGCUCCCUCGUGAUCAUAUAGAGCUUGCGAAAUCUUAUAAAAAUCUUGCAUAUAUUCACUUUGACAUGAACGAUAUUCUGAAAGCGCUUUUUUAUUAUCAGAAUGGUGUCUUCAUAUGCACAACAAGCAUAACAAUUCUCCAAUAUGAUGCAUCAUGUAAAAUGUUUUUUAGAACAAGAAAACCAUAA